CUAUUGUUAUUAAACAUUUUUGACGGAAAGAAAAGGCACAAAAUUUACGCUCAAAAUGGAAAACAAAGAGAAGAUGAAAAUCGCCGUCGCCGCGGCAUGUUUGGCGGCGACAAUCACCGUCAUUGUAGCUACACUGUAUCGAAAACCUCGUAAAAACAAACAACAUUUGACUGACUCUGACUCAUUUUCUUGUUACCUCAAAACCAAACACAAACCUCAGCACUCAUUCAAACGUGUCUUGGCUGACAACUCCUACUCUCCAUUCAGACAUCUCAAUCUCAACUCCAGUUCUCAAACUACGGAUAAUAAUUUCAAUUUGCAUCCGUAUAAAUCUGAAAUUACGCAACUGAUGAAGAAUUCAAAGAUUCAGCUCAUGUCUAAUGUUGAGGGAAAAAUGAUACCGGAAAUGAAAGAUUCUUAUGUUUGGGUUGAUACUGAGUUUAAGUUGAAAGAGCUUGCUGAUGUGUUGAGUAAAGAGUGUGUGUUUGCUGUCGACACGGAACAGCAUAGUUUACAUUCGUUUUUAGGUUUCACGGCUCUCAUACAGAUAUCUACUCAAAGCGAAGAUUAUUUGGUGGAUACCAUAGCUUUGCACGAUGUACUGCCAAUUCUUCGCCCGGUUUUUGCCAAUUCUUCCAUCUGCAAGGUCUUCCAUGGAGCUGAUAAUGAUGUCCUCUGGCUGCAAAAAGAUUUUCACAUAUAUGUAGUCAAUCUUUUUGACACUGCAAAGGGAUGUGAAGUGUUGUCGAAACCACAAAAGUCAUUAGCGUACUUACUGGAAACAUAUUGUGGUGUUGCUACGGACAAAUCGUUACAGAGGGAGGACUGGAGACAGCGUCCACUACCUACGGAGAUGGUGCAUUAUGCUCGAACAGAUUCACAUUAUUUGCUAUAUAUUGCAAAGUGUCUUGCUUCUGAGCUUAUAGAGCAGGACAAAUCUUGUCUCAAUGACAAAUUCCAUUUUGUGGUCGAGGCGAAUCGACGUUCUAAUGCUACAUGUCUUCAACUUUUUGUGAAAGACAUUGAAUCAUGUCCUGGAGAGUCUGCGGCAUCUUCAAUAAUCAAUCGUCAUUUCAAUGAUAGAGGAAGUGCUUCUUCCAUUACCUGUCAUGCCAAGUUUCAGGAUUUUGUGAGACAAUUAUGCACUUGGAGGGAUCUGAUGGCUCGUAUGCAUGAUGAAAGCUUGAAAUAUGUAUUAUCAGAUCAAGCAAUUGUUGCUCUUGCAGCUGAUGCUCCAACAAGCGAGAGAGAUAUUUAUGACUGCAUCCUGCAAGCAGAUAUGAGUUUCGAUUCUCUGAAUGUUCUUUCAACCGUCGAUUCUCCUUCUGCUGUUGUUUGCAGUCAUAUUGAAGACCUUGCUUAUAUCUUCAACAAUGAUGCAGGGAAGAAUGAGGAUAUCUUUAAUUUGAUUCUUCAAAAGCACCUUGGUCCUAAUGGAAGCUGUCCCCUCUCUGUAUAUAAUUAUACUUUAUUGUCCAAGAGAAGCUUAAAGUUAACAAAUCAAUUAGUUUCUAAAGGAAAUACAUAUAACCAUUCAAAGAAAGUUUCUCGUAUGGCUUCUAGGGAGCUUUUUGUUCAAAAAUUUUCCUGCAAAUCUCCAGCCUAUCACAACUGUAGGAUAUAUGCAAAUGAUGGGAGGUUACUAUGUUAUUGUGACCGGAGAAAACUUGAGUGGUAUCUACGUCGAGAUCUAGCAAAACUUGUUGAUGAUGAUCCACUGGCAAUAAUGCUUCUUUUUGAGCCUAAAGGUGGACCUGAAGAUGACGAUAAUGAUUUCUAUGUUCAGAGUAAGAAAAACAUUUGUGUUGGCUGUGGAGAAGAGAACCACUAUUUACGCUACAGGGUUAUACCCUCGUGCUACAGAGUGCACUUUCCGGAACAUUUAAAAAGCCACCGCUCUCAUGAUAUUGUCCUAGUCUGUGUGGACUGUCAUGAAAUUGCACAUAGUGCAGCUGAGAAGUAUAAAAGAAUUGUAGCUGCAGAAUUUGGGAUACCGCUUUUUCUUCAAAAAGUAGUUGAUCCUAGUCAAGCACAAGAGAAACUUGGGUUGUCUGCCUCUAGUGCCCAUCUUGAAGAUGCAGGUGUAUCUCCUUUAGAGUUGCGAACAGCAGCUAUGGCACUCUUGCGGCAUGGACACAGAAUGCCAUCGAAACGCCAUGAAGAACUUACACAGAUUGUCAUGAAAUAUUAUGGAGGAAGAACAAUAUCACAAGAAGACCUGGAAAGAGCUUUGGAAGUUGGAAUGAGCCCUCAUGAGAGAAGGCGAGCUGCAAAAAAGAGAGGAUUGUCAUUUAAGCAUGCUGUAACGGGCAGUGAACCAGAUAUUACUGGUAAUGGGACAUCCUCUGCCCCUGAGAAUAACUUUGACGCCAAUAAAGAAGAGGAUGAUGGUGAUAAGGGAUCCUCUACCCCUGGGGAUUUCUUAGACCCCAAUCUUGUGGAUAGUACACAUGCAGUUAAUAGAGGGGCAGAUAGCAACAGUGGUGGAAAUUCUCCUACUUAUUUUACACCUAUGGUUUAUGCGGAAGGCUCCAUCACUGAUGGCAUGUCUACAAACUCAGAUAAAGUGAUUUCCAGGACUUGUUUAGAAAGUGAAGCUACUAUAGUAGAUGCUGAUGGUCGUUCGGAAUGUAAUGGUACAUUAAAUGGAACUACCUCAGAAUCUAAUGGUACAUCCAGAACAUGUUUAGAAAGUGAAGCUACUAAAGUAGAUGCUGGUGUUGAUUCAGAAUGUUAUGGUACAUUAAAUGGAACUGCCUCAGAAUUUAAUGGUACAUUGACGGGAACUCUCUCUUCUAAAAGUGCUUCGAAGAUGUCACUGUUGGGACACGGGCCUCACGGGAACCAGGUUGUCAACCAUCUUUUGAAGGAAUACGGGGAUGAUGGGGUUCAGGAAUUUUGCCAGAGAUGGAGACAAGUCUUUGUUGAUGCCAUUAAGCCUCGUUUCUUGCCUGCGGGUUGGGAUGUGACACACAGUGGUAGGAGAGACUUUGGCGAAUUCAGCGUGUAUAAUCCUGCAAAGAAAGGUUCUGCACCAGUAACAUCUCAUGAACACAUUUAAAGAAACACUGAUGCUAAUUUGCAGCUUUUCCCCCCCUUUGAACUGGACCUACAGAUAUUGACACACUAGAGAUUCAAGAACAUACAGUGCUUGAUGUGACAUAAUAAAGGUUUGCAGCCAUAAGCUCAUUCCCCCGGGCCCUGAGGACAUGUAAUGCCAAAAAUUCUUGCCGAAUAGCAAGGAAUGUAGUCAGGUGUGAUAAUAGGACGAACUGGAGAUGAAGGAGAAUGUGUUAAGACAGGGAGGGUGUGUGUGAGAUUUAGAUCUUCAGUCUCUCUGAGUUUGGCGAUUGUGCCUGGUUUGAGAUAUAUGAGAUGGGAGGCCUCGUUGGCUAGGCUUCCUGUCGGGCGGAUCAUGGUGUGGGUCGGGGUAGGAUGAUAAGUUGAGAUUGGAAAUAAAAAAACAGAAGUCACGUAACUGCAAGGGGUUUUCAAAAAUCAAAAUGGGGAGGAACGGCCGGCCGGCGUGGUUGGAGUUGCUGAGUGCUGACUUGCUAAUUGCUAUGCUGGUCCAAGCAUGCAUGUAUAUUGACGUAUAAUUGCAUGUAUUUUUUAAUAUACAAGUUUAAAAAAUGUUUCUUUAAUCGAAAAACAAUUUUGGUCCAUCUCUGGGAAGAAUAUGAGGGAGAAUUACAUCAUAUUAUUAGUGAUUAUUUAUUAGUGCAACUA